AUGGCAAUUAUCGUCACUGGCGCAAUGAUCUCCAUGCUCUUUCCCUUGCAUUCACAAGUUCCACUAUUCCCACACGUCCCGGAACUGCAAUCAACAUCGCUGUUACAACCCUCUCCUUCAUCAGUCCCUAUAUCGUUUCCCGGCUCGCAGGGAAGAAAAUCUCUUGUCAUGUCAAGAGAACAGUUUACGUUUAUCGGUGAGCAACAAGGCCAUGAUCACCACGAUGAGGGAUACACAUGUCCCUUGAAGCCUAAACCACGUCGUCUUACACUCAGUUUGCGUGCUGUUCGUGAUCAACCACUCAAGAAAUAUAAGAAAUGGAGUUUACUUCGCUCUAAAGCCAUGCCGAUAUGGGUACACAAUAUAACAUCACCCUUAUAUAUGUUAUGUGGUCAGUAUGAAUCACAGACCAAAUAUUCGAAAAACGCGAAUCACGAUUUUUUUCCCUGUGCACGCGCAAAUAUUUUAAUGGUUUUACCCAUCUCUUUGGUGACAUUUGGACCUUCUACAGGGAAUCUUGUUUGGCGCAAGACGAUCAACUCAACAACCACUACAAAAAAAUUAUGGAAAAACCUUUCUUGUAUAACAGCGGCAAGACGGCUUCGACAUUUGCACCAGUUAAUAUUAUCUCACAAGAAAGGACUUAUAGUGGGGUUUUCACGACAUACUGACUUUUCGACCAUAAACAAGCAACAGUAUUAUAAUAAUUUUCGAAAUUAUCACAGUACAAAUCCGUGUUUUGCAAAACAAAAACAUGAAGCAGAACUUUUUUCCGCGGAUAUAGGAGCAGACACGCCGAUUACCACCAAAGAAGACACAAAAAAGCAACAAUCCGAAAUUAAAACCGGGAUAUCAAAAGAAUUCAAGGAGAUUUAUGAAGAUAUCAUAGAUAGAACGCCACUUUAUCAACCUAUUAAACAAGGAGUAGCUCAUACUCGCCUAAAUCAUCUUUUAUAUCUGAUUAAGACACGAGAGGAGGCUGAAUUAAUCCCAAGAAUUAUUUCAAGGUGGCGAAAAAAAGUUUUACCAGUGUCGGAAGCGACCACUAGAUUCGCUAUUGAGAAUUGCGUAAAAGCGGGUGCCAUCGAUAUAGCAUUUCAAUUACUGACCGAUCGCCUGAGAUAUGGUCAGCUUCCAACACAACGACAAUUUCGGGUUCUUAUGAAUGCAUACGCUAAUCGGAUAGACAAAAUAACUGAUCGGAAUCUUGCCAGCAAUGAUAACACCAACAGCAAUCAAAAUACCAAAAACAUUAAAAACAAAAAAAAAUCAAAACGACAGGAUCAAGCAGAGGUUGAGAAUAAAGCAGAGGUUGAGAAUAAAGCAGAGGUUGAGAAUACAAAAGAGAAUGAAAAACAAGAACUAUCAUCGCCAAUGGAACUUUUGGAUACCGUUUACAAAGUCUUUGGGUUGAUGCCAUUUUACGAUCUGUCACAAUUCGAUCCGCAUGCAUAUGCAAUACUGAUUAUGUCGUCAACAAAGAUCGACUCUGAUGUAGCAUGGAGCAGAGCAGACGAGACAACACAAGAAUUAAUAAACCGCUUGAGAACUGAAGACAUUAAAAUUGUUGAAGGACGCGAAAAACAUGACGAAGAACGAAAAGCAAGAUUGUCGGCAUGUAUAGAAGCAUUCACCGUUAUGGCUAACGCUUAUAAGAAACGAGGCCAAGAGUCAAUGGCGGGAUCUCUACAAACUUUUAUUCAUGAUUGGGAAUCUCAAAUACAAAAGCUUUGA